AUGGAAGAAUCAGGUGAAAUAAUAACAAUUUUCAUAGGACAAGCUGGCGUGCAAAUAGCAAAUGCUUGUUGGGAAUUAUUUUGUUUGGAACAUGGUGUAUCUCCCGAUGGUUGUCUUCGCCAGGGCUAUUAUCCAACGGAUCUUUCUUUGUAUUCUUUCUUUUCAGAGACACAAGUAAGAAAGCUGACUCCACGUACGUUGGUCGUUGAUCUAGAACCCACAGUGAUCGACGAGAUCAGAACUGGUGCUUAUAAGAAUCUCUUCAACCCAAAUUCAUUGAUCACUGGCAAAGAAGACGCGUCGAAUAAUUUUGCUAGGGGAUAUUAUUCCAUCGGUAGUGAAGCAAUUGGCCUUGUCCUAGAUCGUGUGUCUAAAAUAUGGGAAACAUGCUCGAAACCGGCAGGAUUUAUCGUGUUCAGAUCAUUGAACGGUGGUACCGGAAGCGGUUUCGCCACAUUGUUACUCGAACAACUGUCACGAGAUUAUCCCAAGCAAAUCACUCUGGACUUUGUUGUUUUCCCAUCACCUAACAUUGCUACUGUUAUCGUGGAACCUUACAAUGCAGUUUUUACUACCCAUGGUACAUUGGAUCACGUGAACUGUUCCUUCCUUGUCGACAACGAAGCUUUAUAUAACAUUUGUGCCAGGAAUUUGAAUGUAAACUCUCCAACUUACACCAACUUAAAUCGCCUGAUGGCUCAAGUUGUCUCAAGCGUCACGGCUUCGAUGAGGUUCGAGGGUGCUGUGAAUCUCACUCUCGAACAACUGCAAACAAACCUAGUGCCGUAUCCUAGAAUUCACUUCUCUCUGGUUACAUACGCUCCAUUGAUCUGUCCCAGAAAAGUCAUGCAUUCUGAAAUUACUACCCGGCAGAUCACGUACGAUUGUUUCGCACCUGCUAAUCAGAUGGUAACGUACGAUCCACGGACAGGAGCUUACACCAGCUGCUGUUUGCUCUAUCGCGGAGACGUGAGUCCAAAUGACGUCAAUAAAACCAUCGCGUCGCUGAAGGGGACGAAGUCGAUCCGUUUCGUCACUUGGAGUCCGACCGGGUUCAAGAUAGGAAUUAACUAUCAGCCCACUACAACAGUUCCUGGAGGUGAUCUGGCAAAAUCGAGGAGGACAGUGGUGAUGGCCAGCAACAAUACCGCCAUCAAACAGAGAUGGUCACUGCUUGCCCGGAAUUUCGACUUGAUGUAUCAGAGAAGAGCUUUCGUUCACCAUUACGUAGGCGAAGGCAUGGAGGAAGAUUGCUUCGAUGAAGCUCGCGGCAACAUGAUUGCUCUGAUCGACGAUUACAGAGAAAUCGAGAAAUGAUUAUUGAAUUGACAUCGGCUCGAAACCUCUUCCCCUUUCUCCUUUCAAUCAACUGGUGAAGAAUUUAGGAUCACAGACACUGUGUGCGUUGCUUAAAACAUUUUGGAAUUUCACGAUUAUAUCGAUCAAUCUGAAAGUUUGUAUGGAAAUUACAAACUACUAAUUCGAAUAUUAAUUACUUAAAUAAUUUUCUGAUCUCUAAGAGAGAAAUACCCAUAUUCUGUAUAUGUAUAUAUACACUAUCAGAUUUAUUUUAUAUCGAU